AUGAAAUGCGCCGUCCUGACGCUCUUGCUCUUGUUCUACGGCUUCGUGCGGUGCACCGAGGAGGACACGCAAGUCGUUCUUUUGGAAUGGAAUCACGAUUCUCGGGUACCGUUGACCUUCACGGCCUUUGGUAAAAAAAUCGAGCUGGUGCUGUCGAGGAACGACAACUUGCUGUCCCCCGGCUUCGAAAUCUGGAAGCGCGAGGCAGGCGACGCUCUGAAACGACUCGACGAGCCGCCGACGAGUUCCUCCACGUGCCACUACAUCCACGAGGACGAGCUGACGAGCGCGGCCAUCACUUUUUGCAAUGGAUCCGUGCACGGGUUCGUCUUUCUCGAGAGCGACAGUCUCGAAAUAACACCCCUGGCGUACUCCUGGGACUCGAGGCGCAAGGCGAGAUCGGCACUGCCCGCGACCGGCAAGCCCCACGUCGUACGGAGGCGGCGAAUUCCUCGCUUCGAGCUCGUGGACAAACGAAACGCCGAGGAAUCCCCACCACCGCUGGCAAACGACACCACCGCACCCCUGACCAUAGAAUUGGCGGUGUUUUUCGACGCGGCCGCCUACCGCAGCUUCAAGCCGUACUUCGACAAGGGCGCCGACGAGCCAUCGGCGAGCGAGUCGCGCAUGCUGGACAUGCUCCUCGCGUACGUGAACAACAUCCAGGCGCUGUACUACCACCCGAGCCUGGGCGAGCGGGUGAGGAUAGUCCUCGUGCGGCUGGAGCUGAUGGAACGCCAGCCGGAGAGACUCGCGAACCUGGACGGCGAGCGCUCCCGGCUCCUGGACGAGUUCUGCGCGUACAGCGCGUCCAUCAAUCCACCGGAGGACGCGGAUCCCCGACACUGGGACGUGGGCCUGUACGUCUCGGGCCUGGACUUUUACGCCAUCGAGGAGGACGGCCAGAACAAUCCCGUGACCAUGGGCCUGGCACCGGUUGGCGGUGUCUGCUGGAACGAGUACGCCUGCGUCAUCGCCGAGUUCGGGGUGACCAAUCGGCUCGGGAAACCCUACCCCUCGGGGGGCUUCACCUCCGUCUACAUCGCCGCCCACGAGAUCGCCCACAAUCUGGGCAUGCAUCACGAUUCGGCGGGCAACGGGUGUCCCAAGGACGGUUACAUCAUGUCGCCUUCCCGAGGGCUCAAGGGCGAGACCCAGUGGUCGGCGUGCAGUCAAAAGGUCGUCUCCGAGUUGGCCACGAGCAAGCCGUGUCUGCUCGACCAACCCGCGGCCGAGUUGUUGGACCACAGCGGGAGGUACCUCGAGGUGCCGGGUCGCAGGUGGACGGCCAAGCGCCAGUGCGAGAUUUUGCUGAAGAAUCCGGACGCUUACGCGGACACGGGGGAUCCGGCGAGCAACAGUUGCCAGGCGCUCAAGUGCAAGAGCCCCGACAGGACGGGCUACUACUUGGCCGGGCCGGGGCUGGACGGGACGCCCUGCGGCGACGGCAAGGAGUGCCGGGCGGGUGACUGCCUGGCUAUUGACGAUAGGUGGGAAACACCGCCGAGGCUAGUGAGCGGGGGUGGCAACGGCAGCUCGGGGUGGAGCGAGUGGCGGGAGGAGGGCGAGUGCCGGAGCGGCUGCUUGCGGGGUUCCCUGGGCCGGUUGGAGCGUCGACGCGUCUGCCAGGGUGAGGAUCCGUGUCCGGGUGUCGGGGUCGACGUGGUGCUGUGCAAGGACAGCAAGGUGUGCCGUAAGCGCCUCGAGGUCGACGAGUACGCGGGGGAGCGGUGCCACGAGUUUGCCCGACAGCUCGUGGAGAUAGACGGCAACGCGCCUGGGUUGCAGGCGAAGCACGAGGCCGACCGGCCCUGGGUCGCUUGUGCCGUGUUCUGCAAGCGCAAGGACGCUGCCUCGUACUACACGCCGAAGCUCGAGCUGAGCGACAUCGGGCUGGACCCGUAUCUGCCCGACGGUACCUGGUGCCAUAGGGACCCCAACCACGGGGACAACUACUUUUGCAGGAGCCACCAGUGCUUGCCCGAAAAUUUCAGAUUCGGCAAAGAGCUGCAGCCGGACGACAACGCGGGUCCAAUGAACGCGGCACCCCUCGGCUGGCGGCCGUCCGCGGAACUCGUAAGUUACCUCAGCCUGGACGGCAGCGGCAAGCCGUUACUCACGAGGCUGCUCCCGGACGCGCGGCUGCUGCCCACCGACGGGGAUCCCUGGCUCGACUCGCACGACUACGUUGAACUGGACGAGCUGGCCGUUAGACGCUCCAGGAUCCGAACGCCGGCUUCCACGUGAAUCAUGACGAGCGGACUUUUCGCUUCAUUUUUUGUUUUUUUCAGCGGAGGAGACAUUUCAAAGGCAAUUGAAAUUCAUACGCGGAUUUAUAUUCGUUAGCUGGAACCUUUUGUUUAUUACGGUGCCGC